UGUGGUUGGAGAGAAAGAUUAACUUUUCUUUCUGGUGGCAUUGAAAAUUCAAUCAAACAUUAUAUUAUAUACAAAAAAUGAAGAAAUUCCCAUUGAUAUUCCUCUGUCUCUCUCUCUCUCUCUCUAUAAAGAGUUCCAUCUCGCCGCAAGCAUUUUUCUCACAUGCCCAUCACCAGACUUCACCUACCCGACUUUGCUUUCCCGAUAUCACCAAAAAGCAUUUACCUAUUCUCAACCUCGAAGACAUGGCACAGCACAAGUCCACCAUUGCUGCUGCGAGGCUCCUGGUGCUGUUUCUGGGCUUCUCUUGCCUUCUCUCAUCUCUUGCGGUUCCUUCAACUAGGAGCUUCAAGUCAAGCAGGGAAGAGGAUGAUGAUGAAGUAUCAGCUCCUGACUUGUUAGCUCAGGAUGAAAAAUUGGGAAUGAGAGAAGGAGAUGAGACGGUGUUUAUGGAGAGGAGGAUGGAGAUGAAAAGCAAUGAUUAUCCUGGAACAGAAGCCAACAACCACCAUGACCCAAGAACUCCCGGAAGAGCCUGAAGUGUCUCUUUCUAUAUCUAUAUAACUACUGUAUAUGUAUAUUCACAUGUAUAAUCUAAUGAAGGGAGAGAGAGGGUCAAAGAGAGAGUUGGGAUUUUUCCUUUCCUUUUCUUUUGUUUAUGUCUUUUUUUUCCUCUCUUUCUUGGGGUUGAAGCUUCUCUGUGUUGGUGUUGUUGGGCAUAUGAGAAUGUCUUGUCAUUUUGCAGAAAACAGAUGUUGUAGUGGUCUUGACUAAAUACAAAAUGGUGGGCUCACCCCCCUGACAAGUUCGCAAUGCGGAUUUGACUUUCCAUGUC